CGUCGCCUUUGGCCUUUCCACACAGAGGCGGCAACACAGCGAAGGUGGAGCUAAACUGCUGCUCUCGGUGCCGUCACCCUGGAGGGGUUGCUAAGCUGCUGCUCCCGGAGGCGACGCGUCGGACGAGGAGCUGAGCUUCCACUCCUGGAGGCGGCACGUAGGAUCGAACACAUAGUCUCCGCUGAUCGUCGGAAAUCGUCCAUCCGUCUUGGAGCCAGCAACAAUGGCGAUGGUGCUGGAUGCAUUCGCGUCCUACCUGGUGGACAUGCUCACGCAGGUGGCAGCAGAUGAGGUAGGGGCGAUGCUCGGUGUCUCGGGUGAGAUCAACAAGAUGGGCGACAAGCUCCUAGACCUCAAAAACUUCCUGGCCGACGCCGACAGGAGGAAAAUCACCGACAAGACCGUCCAAGAGUGGGUGGGGCAGCUCAAGCAUGCCAUGUACGAAGCUACUGAUAUCCUCGACCUCUGCCAGCUCAAGGCCAUGGAGAGUGGAUCAUCCUCGAUAGAUGCAGGGUGUUGCAAUCCCUUGCUCUUCUGUAUGCGGAACCCCUUCCAUGCUCAUGAGAUCAGCAUCCGCGUCAAGGCACUCAACCAGAGGCUCGACGCCAUCAAGCAACGAAGCGCCACUUUUGGCUUCAUCAAUCUCAUGUCCUAUGAGGAUCGUAGUGGCAAUGCCCUUGCCACGCACUAUGGUAAUCCAAGUCGGGAGACGGUAGGGGACUUUGACCGGUCGGCUUUGGUUGGGGACAAAAUCGAAGAUGACACAAGAGCGUUGGUGACCCAUAUCAUGCAGACAGGAAAGGAGGUCAACGAUGGCAUCAUGGUGGUCGCCAUUGUAGGUGUCGGCGGGAUUGGCAAGACCACACUCGCUCAGAAGAUCUUCAAUGAUGAGGCAAUCGAAGGUGAGUUUAGCAAAAAGAUAUGGUUGAGCGUCAACCAAAACUUCAAUGAGGUUGAGCUGCUGAGAAGAGCCAUCAUCGAAGCCGGAGGAGACGCCCAACUAGCUGGAAAUGCAAAGGCCACACUUCACCGAAGCCUCAAGGAUGCCUUGAUUGGCCACAAGACCUUGUUGGUAAUGGAUGAUGUGUGGGACCAUGUAGCAUGGGAGGGUGUGCUCAAAGUUCCAUUCAAUGUUGCUGCUUCAGGCAGCCGAGUCAUUGUCACCACUAGGGAUGAAGGUGUUGCUCGAGGGAUGAUAGCUAGACGGCCCUACCACCAAGUCGACACAUUAUUGCCUGGAGAUGCUUGGUCAUUGCUCAAGAAGCAGGUACUCUCAGGUGAGAUAGAUGAAGAGCACAUCAAUACACUAACGGAUAUUGGAUUGGAAAUUAUACAAAUAUGUGGUUGUUUACCACUUGCUGUUAAAGUAAUGGGAGGUCUCUUGCGUGAAAGAGGGGGGCUCCGUCGUGAAUGGGAGCAGGUUUUGGAUGAUUCCAAAUGGUCAGUAACUAAAAUGCCCCAAGAGCUCAACCACACAGUAUACUUAAGUUAUGAAUAUAUGCCGCCUUAUUUGAAGCAGUGCUUUCUAUACUACUCACUUCUUCCUAAAAGUAAAGUUUUUCAUAUGGAUGAAGUCAUUGCGAUGUGGAUGAGUGAAGGAUUUAUUCAUGGAAACUCUAGUGAUUUAGAAGAAUUGGGAAAAAACUACUACAAGGAGUUGAUAUCUAGGAACCUUAUAGAGCUAGAUAAAUCAUAUGCUCAUAUAUGGGUUUGUAGCAUGCAUGAUGUUGUUCGCUCAUUUGCUCAGUAUAUGACUAAAGAUGAAGCGCUCGUAGCUCAAGACGGAGACAAUGAUAUUCUUACAAAACUUGGUUCACAAAAGUUUCUUCGGUUGUCAAUAGAAACUAACCGAUCACAAUCAGGUGAUCUAGAUUGGACAUCUCUGCAGGCGCAACAAUCAGUGAGAACAUUAAUCUCAACUAUUCAGAUCAAGAUGAAGCCUGGUGAUUCAUUGGUUACCUUCUCAAGUCUACGAGUCCUAUAUAUAGAAGCUGCAGAUGUGGCUGCACUGGUUAAAUCAUUGCAUCAACUCAAGCACUUGAGGUAUCUGGCACUAUUAGAGACUCAUAUUUCUGUACUCCCUGGGAACAUUGGCAAGAUGAAACUAUUACAAUUCCUUGACCUUCGUGGAUGCACAAAAUUGGUGAAUCUUCCUGAUAGCAUCGUGAUGCUUAGCCAACUACAAUUUCUUUACAUUCCCAACAUACAUAUGAUACCUAGAGGGUUCCGUGGUCUGACAGACAUAAGGAAACUAAUUGGGUUUCCAGCCCACAUGGAUGGUGAUUGGUGCAGUUUGGACGAGUUGGGGCCUCUUUCCCAACUCAAAAAUCUUUUCUUAAAUAAAUUGGAAAAUGUAUCUGCUGCCUCAUUUGCUGCUAAUGCUAGGCUUGGUAAGAAGAUGCAUCUUAUCGAACUAGACAUUGGUAAAGAUUGUGUUAAAAUUAAGAUGUGAUGUUUUUGCCCCGGCCGUGACACCAGAAACCUCUGACCGACAUGUUUAACCCUUUGCACCGAUGCAAACCAACAUGUGGUUCUGUGGUUGGAUGGUUAGAGGGGCAGUGGUAUCCCUAGCCCAUCAGGGUUCAAGUCCUGGUGCUCGCAUUAUUCAUGGAUUUAUUUCAGGAUUUCUGGCGAGACUUUGUAAAUCUCAAGAUGAUAUGCUGGCUCAGUCUUUUGGAGGUGCUCAUAGGAGUAGGAUGUGCAUGUGUGCACUCAUAGAGGUGAGUGUAUGUGCGUAUGUAUGAACGCUUGCGUCUAUACUGUGUUUAAAAAAUAACCUUUUGCACUGCUGGUUGCUUUUGUUUAGAGACAAACACCGGCGGAUUUCUUUGCAUAUGCUACCACGGGGGGCUAAUUUUCGUGUUUUGACCUUUUUCGAAAAGUUUAGACGGAUCUAACCUCGGUAUGAAUGAAUUUCGAGAUUUGAUCCUUAUUCCCAUCGCCAGGGUCCUCGGCAGUAGGCUAUAAUAGGCUACCGCCAUAGGCCUUGGCGGUAGCUCACUCAUGCACGUCGGCCCGAGUAAACGGCAACCGUCUCCUGCCGUCCACCCUACCGCCAGAGUCCUCGACUGUAGCCUAUGCAACCCUACCGCCAAGGACAAUGGCGGUAGGAGCCGAACAGUUAUAAAUCCGCGGGGGCCGUGGCGCACGGCCCACCCACAGUUAUGAAUCCCCUGCGCCCCCGCCGCGCCGCCCAGCACAGAGAGCAACUCCUCUCUCCCCCUCCACUCCCACCCCUCCCUCCGAUUUUCUUCGUUUCUCCACCGUUCUUGCGGCUCG